UUGGGUCGGGUUCCGCCGUCGAGGCAAGAUGGCGGCGGCUGGAGCGGCGGCCGCGGGUGACGGAGCGGCGGCGGCGGCGGCGGGUCUGGCGCGGAGGGGAUGAGCCGCGGCGCCGCGCUCGGCCGCAGCCGCCAUGGCCCGGCUGGCAGACUACUUCCUGGUGGUGGCCUUCGCGCCGGGCAAGCGCGGGAGUGGGGAUGGCCAAGGGCAGAUACUCCAGCGCUUCCCCGAGAAGGACUGGGAGGACAACCCUUUCCCCCAGGGCAUUGAACUGUUCUGCCAGCCAAGUGGGUGGCAGCUCUUCAGCGAGAGGCACCCCCCCACUUUCUUCAUUGCUGUCCUGACAGACAUCAACUCAGAGCGGCAUUAUUGCGCCUGCUUCACAUUCUGGGAGCCCGUGGAGAGUGCCCAGAACCGUUUGAGGAAUGAGGAAGAGGAGGAGGAGGUGGCGGCGGCAGCCCUCAUCCAGCCUGCUCAGCUAUUUGCCCCUAAAAGUUUGGUGCUGGUCUCCAGAUUGGAUCAUGCUGAUGUCUUCCGGAACUGCCUGGGGCUGAUUUACACCAUCUACGUGGAUGGACUGAGCACCUCCUUGGAGACAGUCAUUGGGAAUCUCUUGACCUGCACCAUCCCCAUCACAGGAGGUACCCAGCCUGGCACAGAGGAUGAAGGAGCGAGGACCAUCUCUCUCGGCGCAGGGGACAGGCAAGUAAUCCAGACGCCCAUCACCGACUCCCUGCCAGUCAGCAACUGCAGUGUGGCUCUCCUCUUCCGACAGCUUGGGAUCACCAACGUGCUCUGUCUCUUUUGUGCUGCUCUGACGGAGCACAAGAUCCUGUUUCUGUCCAGCAGCUACCAGAGAUUGGCGGAUGCCUGUAGGGGCCUGCUUGCCCUCAUGUUCCCCCUGAAGUACAGCUUCACAUAUGUGCCCAUCCUGCCGGCUCAGCUCCUGGAGGUUCUCAGCACACCCACCCCUUUCAUUAUUGGGGUUAGCUCCGCCUUUCAGUCGGAGACCCAGGAACUGCUGGACGUGAUUGUAGCAGACCUGGAUGGCGGGACGGUCACGGUCCCUGAGUGCAUUCACAUCUCUCUGCUGCCUGAGCCACUUCUCCAUCAGACGCGAGGCGCCCUGUCGAUGGUUUUAGACCCCGAGCUGGAGAUUGCAGAUCUGGCCUUCCCCCCCUCCACCAUCUCUGCUUCUUCCCUCAAGAUGCAGGACAAGGAGAUCCGGGCCGUGUUCCUGCGCUUGUUUGCACAGUUGCUGCAAGGCUAUCGCUGGUGCCUGCACAUCAUCCGCAUACACCCAGAGCCCGUCAUCCGCUUCCACAAGGCAGCCUUCCUUGGGCAGAGGGGACUGGUGGAAGAUGACUUCCUCCCCAAGGUGCUGGAGGGUAUGGCGUUUGCGGGCUUUGUGACCGAGCGGGGCCCCCCUUACCGGACUGCUGACCUAUUUGACGAGCUGGUUGCCAAUGAAGCAAAGCGGAUGCAAGCAGACGAAGGCAGCAGGGCUCGGGUUCUGCGCCAUAUCAAGGAGCUGGCGGAGCAGCUGUACAAAAACGAGAACCCGUAUCCUGCCGUGACAAUGCACAAAGUGCAGAAGCCCGCCGAGGGCUGCCACCUGCGCUUGCACCAGAGGCCUUUCCCUCGUCUGGACGAGGGGACUAUCCAGUGGAUCGUUGACCAGGCCACCGCCAAACUCCAGAUGGCUCCCCCAGCAGUGAAAGCGGAGAAGAAGUGCAUGGUGCCAUCCGGGCCUCCUCUUGGUGCCGUCACGGAGCGCAACGGAGUUGUCUUGGCCAACAGUGCCCGUCGGCUGGAGGUGGUGAGGAACUGCAUCACGUACGUCUUUGAGGGCAAGAUGCUGGAGGCCAAAAAGCUCCUCCCUGCUGUGCUGCGGGCCAUGAAGAGCCGGGCCGCUCGGCAGUGUCUGACUCAGGAGCUGAACCUGCACGUGCAGCAGAACAGGGCCGUGCUGGACCACCAGCAGUUCGACUUCAUCGUCCGCAUGAUGAACUGCUGUCUGCAGGACUGCAGUGCCACAGACGAGCACGGGAUUGCUGCAGCGCUUCUGCCACUGGUCACUGCCUUCUGCCGCAAACUCAGUCCUGGGAUCACGCAGUUUGCCUACAGCUGUGUGCAGGAGCACUUGGUGUGGACCAAUAUCCAGUUCUGGGAGGCCAUGUUCUACUGUGAUGUGCAGAACCACAUCCGGGCUCUGUACCUGGAGGGCGCGGAGGAGAAUGGUGCACAGAAGGGAGGCGAAGACGGCCCACAGAAGGAAAAGUCAGCACUGGAGAUUGCCGCGGAACAGUGUUGCUACUGGCCAACCUUUAGCCGUGAGAAGCAGCAGGAGCUGAUUCAGAAGGAGGAGAGCACCGUCUUCAGCCAAGCCAUUCACUACGCUAACCGCAUGAGCUACCUGCUGCUGCCCCUGGACACCAGCAAAAGUCGGCUGCUGCGGGGCUCAGGCCUGGCGGAUGUGGAGAGCGUCAGCAACAGCUUCAUCACCAACAGCAUUGCCGGCAGCGUGGCCGACAGCUAUGACACGGAGAGCGGCUUCGAGGAGGCUGAAAGCUCUGAUGUGGCCAACUACGUGGUACGAUUCAUCAACCGCUUUGUGGACAAAGUCUGCACCGAGAGUGGGGUCACCAACGAGCACCUCAAGGGGCUGCACGUCAUGAUCCCUGACAUUGUCCAGAUGCACAUUGAGACCCUUGAUGCUGUGCACAGAGAGAGCAAGCGACUGCCCCCGAUACAGAAGCCCAAGCUACUCCGGCCGAGCCUGUUGAUCGGGGAAGAGAGCGUGAUGGACGGCCUCCGUGUGUAUCUCAUGCCUGACGGGCGGGAAGAAGCUGCUGGGGGGAACAUGGGUGGCCCCGCUCUGCUCCCUGCGGAAGGAGCCGUCUUCCUCACCACCUACCGCAUCAUUUUCAAGGGCACCCCAACGGACCCCUUAGUUGGGGAGCAGGUGGUGGUGCGCUCCUUCCCCAUCGCUUCCCUGACCAAGGAGGAGAAGAUCGCGGUCCAGGCUCAGGUGGACCAGUUCAUCCAGGAGGGCUGUGCUCAGCUCCAGCUGCGCUCCUGUACAUUCCAGUUGCUGCGCAUUGCCUUCGAUGAGGAGGUGGCCUCUGAGAGUGCAGAGAUCUUCAGGAAACACCUGAGCAAACUGCGCUAUCCCCAGCACGUCUCUGACUCCUUCGCUUUCACAGCGGGCCAGUUGACCAAGCAGGCCGUGCCGGCCAAGGCCAAGGAGAAGAACCCCUCGCUCAGGACCAUCUCCAGGAUCCUGGUGAAGAAUGCGAAGAAGACGAUUGGCCGUCAGUAUGUCACCCGCAAAAAAUACACUCCCCCUCCCUGGGAGCAGCGUGGCACCCAGCAGCCCUUCCCCGAGGAUCAGGAGGACGAGAUCUCAGUGUCCGAGGAAGUGGAGAGAAGCACCCUGACGCCCUCCACCACCAUCAGGCCCUCGGACAAGAUGACCAUGAGUCACCUGGUGGAGCGGGCCUGCUGUCGGGACUACCAGCGCCUGGGCUUGGGCACGCUGAGCAGCAGCCUCACCCGCUCCAAGAACGAGCCCUUCCGCAUCUCCACUGUCAACCGGAUGUAUGCGGUCUGCCGGAGCUACCCGGGGCUGCUGAUUGUCCCGCAGAGCAUUCAAGACAACACCAUUCAGCGGAUCUCGCGCUGCUAUCGCCAGAACCGCUUCCCCGUGGUGUGCUGGCGCAGCUCCCGCACCAAGGCCGUCCUGCUCCGCUCGGGCGGGCUGCAUGGCAAAGGUGUGGCGGGCCUCUUCAAGUCGCAGAAUGCUCCUGCCACAGGCCCUUCCCAAGCAGACUCCACCAGCCUGGAGCAAGAGAAGUACCUGCAGGCCGUCAUCAACUCCAUGCCCCAUUAUGCCGAGGCCGGCGGCCGCAACACUCUCAGCGGCUUCACUUCAGCCCAGAUGAGCAGCUCGGAUUCUUCUGAGAAGCGGCAGCCCAAGCUGGGAUCCCUGAUGAAGCAGGUGAUGGGAGGGAAGGACGAAGGGCCCGGCACUGUUAGCCGUGGAGCACUAGGUCACCGAGCUAGGGUCAUUACCCUCUCCAGCCCCAAGAGCCCGUCGGCAAAGGGACGUGACUCCCCCCGAGGCAAGUGGGGCAGCAUCCGAGCCAGCGGGCGCAUGAGCAGCUAUGCCCUCAACAUGGACGUCGGUUCCCGCUUGGCAGGGAAGGAGCUGCUGGGCGCUCAGCCGAACGGCUCCCCCUCCGAGGCCAGCUUCCUGCGCCAGCACCGGGCUUUGCUGUACAUCAUUGGAGACAAGUCCCAGCUCAAGGGAGUGAAGCCUGAUCCGUUGCAGCACUGGGAGGUGGUGCCAAUUGAGGUCUUCGAGGCACGGCAGGUCAAGACCAGCUUCAAGAAGCUGAUGAAGGCCUGUGUGCCGGGCAACCCCACUGCAGAGCCCGGCGUGACCUUCCUGCGCUCCCUGGAGGAGUCCGAGUGGCUGGUGCAGAUCCACAAGAUCCUGCAGAUCUCGGUGCUUGUGGUGGAGCUGCUGGACACGGGCUCCUCGGUGCUGGUCAGCCUGGAGGAGGGCUGGGACAUCACGACUCAGGUGGUGUCUCUGGUGCAGCUGCUGUCAGACCCUUACUACCGAACCAUGGAGGGGUUCCGGCUGCUGGUUGAGAAAGAGUGGCUGUCCUUUGGGCACCGAUUCAGCCAUCGAGGGGCGCAGACCUUGGCUAGCCAGAGCAGCGGCUUCACUCCCAUCUUCAUCCAGUUCCUGGAUUGUGUCCAUCAGAUCCACGCGCAGUUCCCCCUGGAGUUUGAGUUCAGCCAGUACUACCUGAAGUUUCUCAGCUACCACGCUGUGUCCGCUCGCUUCCGGACUUUCCUGCUGGAUUCUGACUACGAGCGACUAGAGCUGGGCCUCCUAUAUGAAGAGAAGGGGGAGCGGAAAGGGUCGCCCCAGCUCUUCAGGUCUGUUUGGGACUACAUGGACCGCCUGAACAAGAAAACGCCCGUCUUCUUCAAUUACAUGUAUGCCCCUGAGGAUGGGGAGGUGCUCCGUCCGUACAGCAACAUCUCCAACCUCAAAGUGUGGGACUACUACACACAGGAGACCCUGUCGGAGGGCCCGUCGUAUGACUGGGAGCUGAUCCAGGGCCAAGUGGAGCCCAGCGAGGAGGCCGGGCAGCAGGACACCGCUGCCCCCCAGAGCAGGCGCAAGGUCAUCUGGCCCUGCUAUGACAACUGCAGCCGCUGGGAGCCCGACGCCAUCUCUCGGCUGCUGGAGGAGCUCCAAAAUCUGGAAAUGGAGCUGGGGCAGGUCCCAGAACGUUGGAAAGAGAUGUGGGACAAAGUGAAGGCCUUCCAGCGGUCGGAGGCCCAGUCAGACUCCAGCAGCAGAGUGGUAGCCAGCUCCUUGCUGAUGGCCGCCAGCCUGCCGCACCAGCGGCGCUCUCUGGGGGUCUGCCUGCGAGAGAGCGGGGUCAGCUCCACGAUCAACCUCAGCCUGGACAGUGAUGCCAGCAGCACCUCCACCCCGUCCAGUGGGAAGCAGGGGGGCCGCCGAAGCACCAGCACCCUCUACAGCCAGUUCCAGACAGCAGAGAGCGAAAACCGAUCCUACGAGGGGACGCUUUAUAAAAAAGGAGCCUUCAUGAAGCCCUGGAAGCCACGGUGGUUCGUGCUGGAUAAAACCAAGCACCAGCUGCGGUACUACGAUAGCCGCCUGGACACGGAGUGCAAGGGGGUCAUUGACCUGGCGGAGGUGGAGUCCAUCACUCCAGGCACUCCCACCAUGGGUGCUCCCAAAAUGGUGGAUGAAAAGGCUUUCUUCGAUCUGAAGACGACAAAGCGUGUUUACAAUUUCUGCGCCCAGGACGUGCAUCUGGCCCAGCAGUGGAUUGACCGCAUCCAGAGCUGCUUGUCUGAUGCCUGAACCUGCCCCAUGGCUGCCCAAGUGGGCCUCAGCAAGUGGCAAGGUCCGGGCAGGAUUGACGGAGGGGUGCAUCGGGAGCAGGCGCCCCUCCCUGUGGCCCCAGGCUGCUGUCCCUGUGGGGUCAGAGUCUGUCUGUUGCACUGUGGUCAGGAUAAGCUUGGGGGAGCAAAGUGCCAGGAAGUGCCAGAGGAGGAGUCUCCACCACCCCCAUAACUGCCCUAGAGAUUUCACCUUCCACACUUUCGCAGGGGGCGGGGGGGGUGGUUGCCUCCUGUCGCUUGCUGGUCUCUCUGCCGAGAGAAGCCUCUGCUCUGGUAGGGAAAGAGAAAUGGGCCCGGUGCUCAGUCCCUGUGCUGCCAAAGUGGGGGUGGGGGCAGAGAUGGCGGAGCGGCAGAGAGUCCGCCAGCGCUGGGGCCUGGUGAGUGGCAGCAUCAGGGCCUUGGGCCCACAGCUCCUGGCUUUGAUAUGCAGGAGAGUAACUGCCCUUGACGGAGAACGAGACAUCACCAGAGAUGAAGAAUGCCAGAUACUGGCAGUAUGAAAAUGGGUGGGGGUGGGGAUUAUCAGCUUUGAGUUGCCCAUCCCUCAUUUGAUGCCACUUAUUUUCGGCCAACACACUGGAGCCUCCGGUGGCAUCCUUGGAGAACGGCCAUCUGUCUCUCGGAUGUCUUGUUGGCCACGCAAUGCAACUGGUGGCCCCAGGAUGGUUUUUCCCUUUCUCCAUCUUCCCUGUACAGUAGGUUAUCAUCCCAAAGCAAAUCAUGUUCACGCCUCUCUUCAUGGGUUGAGGAACUCCCUCACCCCACAUUAUUGAUUGCAGUACUGGUUUGGCAAACAGUACAAUCUCCCCGUUUACAUGAAUGGUUUAUUCUAAGCCCUGAGGCAUUGUACAGACCCUUCUGCCACCUUCCCCACCUUCCCCUUCUCCCACUUUUUAAAUUCGUACCGUAAAGGCGGAGGCCGGGUAAUGCGGACUGUUGUGAAUUGCAGGGUUUUGUAACUUACCGGAGCGGUUGUAGAUUAUUGAAGUUUCUGUACAUUGUGUCAAACCUACAGAGUCCUUGUAUUGUAUUGUGCCUAGAGGAAAAAUAUAUGAAGAGGAAAAAAACUUAAUUGAAUUUAAUAAAAAAAAUAAAUACCA